CGGUGCCCGCCGCGGCCCGGCGACCCUCGGCGGCCGAGCCCGAACCCCGCGCGGCUGCAAACUUUGUGCGCGCGGCCCGGCAGGUCGCGGAGUUGCGAUCUGCUGCGGGACCCCGGUGGCGGGCGCGGUGACGGGACGGCGCCUCUCUCUCUCUCCUCUCUCCUUCACUAUCUGCCCGGCUCCUCGUCCCUGCCGGUGUCACGAAGCCGCGAGGUGUACGCGCAGGCCGGGUGGGCUACGGGACCAGCCGAGCGGGAGGCGGGUCGCGUGUGCCACCCCAAAGUUUCCACCGUGCGGGACGAGGGGCGCGCGCUCCGGGCGGCCGCAGGUGGCGGCGCGGUGAGCCCCGGCCAGGUGCGCUGCCCGCGGGCGGCGCUGUAGCGCGGGACGGCCGGGCUGCCCGGGGCUCCAAGCCGGGUCGGAGCCGCGGGGGGCGGGGAGUGUGGCGAGAAAUGGGGAACAAUGCGAGUGAGCAACUUGAGGAAGUCAUUGUGAAAGAAAGCUGGGAAUUGCUCCGCGGCCAACUUAGCAGGGCACUCUAACAAGUGCUUGCGCGGCCGCGCCCCGGCCGGCGACAGCGGCAGCCCGGCGCAGUGCAGCCCAUCCCGGGACACUCGGCCGUGGCAGGCGGAGACCAAGUAGGUCCCGCGGGGUGCAGGAGCCCCAGAUCCCCGGCUGCUCUUCGCGCCCCAGGAUCAGUCUUGGCCCCCCAAAGCGCGGCGCAAAAAUCCACAUAAUCUGAACACAAUGGAUGCUGACGAGGGUCAAGACAUGUCCCAAGUUUCAGGGAAGGAGAGCCCCCCAGUCAGUGACACUCCAGAUGAAGGGGAUGAACCCAUGCCUGUCCCUGAAGACCUCUCUACCACCUCUGGAACACAGCAGAACUCCAAGAGUGAGCGAAGCAUGGUUGCAUAUGGGGCUGAUGGCUUUAGGGAUUUUCAUGCAAUAAUUCCCAAAUCUUUCUCCCCCAGUAAUGUUAAAGUAGAGACUCAGAGUGAUGAAGAGAAUGGGCGUGCCUGUGAAAUGAAUGGGGAAGAAUGUGCAGAGGAUUUACGAAUGCUUGAUGCCUCAGGAGAGAAAAUGAAUGGCUCCCACAGGGACCAAGGCAGCUCGGCUCUGUCAGGAGUUGGAGGCAUUCGACUUCCUAACGGAAAACUAAAGUGUGAUAUCUGUGGGAUCAUUUGCAUCGGGCCCAAUGUGCUCAUGGUUCACAAAAGAAGUCAUACUGGUGAACGGCCUUUCCAGUGCAACCAGUGCGGGGCCUCCUUCACCCAGAAGGGCAACCUGCUGCGCCACAUUAAGCUACACUCGGGCGAGAAGCCCUUCAAGUGCCAUCUCUGCAACUAUGCCUGCCGCCGGAGGGACGCCCUCACCGGCCACCUGAGGACGCACUCCGUUGGUAAGCCUCACAAAUGUGGAUAUUGUGGCCGGAGCUAUAAGCAGCGAAGCUCUUUAGAGGAGCAUAAAGAGCGCUGCCACAACUACUUGGAAAGCAUGGGCCUUCCAGGCGCGAUGUACCCAGUCAUUAAGGAAGAAACUAACCACAGUGAAAUGGCAGAAGAUCUGUGCAAGAUAGGAGCAGAGAGGUCCCUUGUUCUGGACAGACUGGCAAGCAACGUCGCCAAACGUAAGAGCUCUAUGCCUCAGAAAUUUCUUGGAGACAAGUGCCUGUCAGACAUGCCCUAUGACAGUGCCAGCUAUGAGAAGGACGAGAUGAUGACAUCCCAUGUGAUGGACCAGGCCAUCAACAAUGCCAUCAAUUACCUGGGGGCUGAGUCCCUGCGCCCGCUGGUGCAGACACCCCCUGGCAGCUCUGAGGUGGUGCCUGUCAUCAGCUCCAUGUACCAGCUGCACAAGCCCCCCGCAGAUGGCCCCCCACGGUCCAACCACUCGGCGCAGGACAGUGCCGUGGAGAACUUGCUGCUGCUGUCCAAGGCCAAGUCUGUGUCAUCGGAGCGGGAGGCCUCCCCGAGCAACAGCUGCCAAGACUCCACGGACACCGAGAGCAACGCAGAGGAGCAGCGCAGUGGCCUCAUCUACCUGACCAACCACAUCACCCCACAUGUGCACAACGGGCUGGCCCUCAAGGAGGAGCAGCGUGCCUAUGAGGUGCUGAGGGCGGCCUCAGAGAACUCGCAGGAUGCCAUCCGCGUGGUCAGCACGAGUGGCGAGCAGCUGAAGGUCUACAAGUGCGAACACUGCCGUGUGCUCUUCCUGGAUCAUGUCAUGUACACCAUCCACAUGGGCUGCCAUGGCUUCCGGGAGCCUUUUGAGUGUAACAUGUGUGGUUAUCACAGCCGGGACAGGUACGAGUUCUCAUCCCAUAUCACACGGGGAGAGCAUCGCUACCACCUGAACUAAAUCCAGCCAGGCCCCACAGAAGCACAAAUAUAGCUGCCUAUGCCUCCUUCCUGGCAGCUGGACCCACAAUGGACAAUGUUGGGUGUAGAUUUGCAGGCAGCAUUUGUCCCUUUAAGUUGUUGGUUGUUUGGGAUUUGAUUUGCGAUAGAUGACAAGUUUUUAAAGUUAGAGACAGGAUUGCUUUGCAUCGGGAGCAUUCAGGACAUCCACCCUUCUAGACGGUUUUGUUGAUGGCUAGCUGAGAUUUCUCUGACCAGUGGCUUUCUGAUCCAACCCACCCACACCCCAAAAAAAAAUGCAGCCUAAAUUUUCAGAGAAUUGAAUAAAAGAAUUAUCCAAGAAGGAGCAAGGUGAACCUUGCCCUAAGCAGAGUUUAUGCCCCAUGGAUUCUCCAAAUCCCCCAAAACACCAUAGCCACUGGGGUGGGGCCAUCUCAGGGAGCUCCACAGGUGAGCCACAGGACCGGACAUAAGGCAUCAGGGGAGAAGCAAGGAUGCAGCCUGUGUGAAGACCAGGGCCAAAGGUUGAACUUUGAAAGAUGCUAUUAAGUCAUAUACUGCUUGGGAACAUGGUGUUUGGAUUAAAUUGUGCUAGGGGACUCCUCUGAGAAAGAAGGGAAGGGAAUUGGAGAGCCAUGCAGAGUCCUUUUCUGAUCACACCCAGCCUCCUGGGGCUUGAUCCCCAGUGAGAUGAGCUCAGUGCUCCUGUGGACACUUUUGGGUAGCCCUGUUCCCUUGCCACUCCCAUGGCAUUAAUGUCCCAAAGCUCAUCGUUGUAUUUUAGACUCCAGUCCUGAAAUUGAGGACUUAAGCUUCUCAUACUGUAAAAUUCCUCAGAAGCCAAGCUUUCUUUCAAGCCUCACUCUCGGUGGUCUGGGUUCCUCCCUGGACUGGCUGUACCUGUCGGGACCUAUCCCACCAAAGUCCAGCCACACUUCUUCAUUCCAAUAAAUCCCUUCUGAUUAUGGCUAUGGACCUGGCUAUGUUAGUCAGAUAAACAUCUUUCCCUACUCACACUGUACGUUAUUUUUGUUUGAAAGCCUGUAAAAAUCAUUAUUCAGAAUGACCAUUUUUAGGAAAUAUAUGAGCCUAGGAUCUCAGUGGCUAAAACACAGAAUAUCCUUGCUUCUAAACAACUAAUUUUUUAAAAUAUUCUGAAGCUUUUCAGCACAAAUUCCAAGUAGCAUGUGUUUUCACAUAAACAGGCCAGGGACCAUGCAUCCUUUAUCAGGUAGAGGUAUUAGGAUAUUGGAAUGCCUGGGGACAGUGUGACCAGUGCAAGUUCCCAGAGAGGAAUGCCCACCAGAUAUCACAGGAAAGAGGCAGGUGAGGUGGUAGGGGUGAGAUCUGGUCCAGCAAGACAGGAAUGCCACACUAAAGCUAAGUCAGUUAGCUGGAGAUUCUCAACAGGAUGGGCCUCUCUUAAGAGUCAGUAUUAGGGUUACUACCCUCCACCACCUCAACGAAACAAAAGCAUAUAACUGUCCAUGUUUCUAACACUUCUUCACAGAAAAUCCCUGAGGUGAUUCCAAAGAAUGGAGGGGAGACUGUCUAUAGCAGCUUUUAGGGUGAGGCAGGGUUCUUAGUCACAGCCCUCCUGACACAUGGGGCUCAUCAUCACUGGUGGGGACUGGUCUAGGAGCUGUAGCUUACUUAGCAGUAUCCCCGGCGUCCAGUAGAUGCCAGGAGCAUCCUAGUUGGUAUCCAAAACUAUCUCCCAGGUGUUCCAUGGAGGCAAACCACGGAUCUAAAUCUUAAACUGGUGGAAAGCACUCGAAGCCUUUCCGGUCAGCAGCCUCCAGCUGCGCUUGUUUGGAAAGUGGAUGAAUUCUCUGUGCGCAUUUGAGAAUACAGCUCCUCCAGAGCUUCCAAGUUCAGUUGCAGGAGUGAAGUUCGAGAAGGUAUCACUCUUAAGGGUGGGUUUCUUUGCUUCCAGAACAAUGUGGCAUUUUGAAAGUGAAAAUAAAAUUGCAACUAUAAUGAUUUACACUGAGUAAAGGGAGAAUUUGAGGAACUAGGGCUGUGGACAGCUUUUGUUCAGUAUGCAGUUACAGAGAAAGGCUGGCCUUACCCAAAUUCAUAUACUCCAGAUGACAACCUCCCAAGCCUCCAGUCUGCUGGCAGCUCCUGCUCACUCUUGUCCUUAUCCAUGAGAGCCACAGGGUCAGCUAGUCCAAAGGAGAUGGCUCCAACCCCCACUCUACCCCUGCCACCAGCAUUCAGAUGUUAAAGCAGAAUUGUAAAUAGUGGCUUCAGGAGCUGUUUUCUGGAAUGCUUUGCCCUUCCUCUCUCUCACUGCCUUUUUUAGCUGAUAUGAAUGUCUAUUUGCACACCUUUUGUUGUGGUUUUAUAUUGUAACAGCAUUUUUUGAAACUAUUGUAUUUAAGAUAAGGUUUCAUAUUAUGUCCACAAGUAAUUAAAUUAUGUUUGAAGGUGGCUGUAUUCUGUAUAAAGGUUGAUAAUGUUUUUCUUUAGCUGGUAAAGUAGGGUUUUGCAUGACCUCACUUUUUGUUCUGUGGUUUGUUCUGUUGUAUGGUAUGU